ACACAAAGUAUCCCUCCACAUAAAACCAUGAUGAAAAACUAUGGCCUUAUCAUGAAGGCCUCUUUAGUUAACCUUAUCAUCACUCUUCCUCUCACUCUGGCUGCGCUUCGAGUCGGUUUCUAUGCAACAUCUUGCCCUCCAGCUGAAUCAACCAUUCAAGAAAUUGUCCAACAACGAUUUGUUGCAGAUAAAUCUGUUACUUCUGCCUUACUUCGUAUGCAUUACCAUGACUGUUUUAUCAGGGGUUGUGAUGCUUCUCUACUCAUAGACUCAACUAGCAACAACCAAGCCGAGAAAGUUGCCGGUGCUAACUUCGGUCUUCGAGAAUUCGAACUCAUAGAUAAAAUCAAGUCUAGCCUAGAAGCUAAAUGCCCUCAAACCGUCUCAUGUGCAGACAUCAUAGCACUUGCAACACGAGACGCGGUGGGCCUAGCAGGAGGCCCAAAGUACAAUGUGCCAACAGGUCGAAGAGAUGGGCUCAUUUCAAGGUCCAAUGAGGUUAACCUACCCGGCCCAACAUCCACCGUGUCAGACUCUCAAAAAGCCUUUAAAGCGCAUGGGUUGACCCUCAAUGAUAUGGUGGUCCUCUUAGGUGCUCACACCGUUGGAAGUGCUCAUUGCAGUUUCUUUCGAGAUAGGCUAUCGAACUUCCGAGGAAGCGGAGCUCCAGACCCUAAAAUGGAGCGAGGAACGGUCAAUAAGCUUAGGAAGACAUGUGGGACGUCAACGAAUGUGGAUCGUACUGCAUUCUUGGACGAUAACACAUCAUUCGUGGUCGAUAACAUGUAUUACAAAGAGAUAAUUAGCAGGAGAGGUGUGCUACAAAUAGAUCAAGAGAUAGCAGAGGACAAAGCAAGUUCAAAGUUAGUAGCAAAGUUGGCAACAAAUAAUGCGUUGUUUAAACAACAGUUUACAAAGGCAAUUGUCAAUCUUGGGAAACUGCAAGUGCUUGAGGGUAAUAAUGGAGAAAUCAGAAGAAACUGUAGGGUUCAUAAUGUCUAAAACAUCAGUCGAGUAGCCUAGGACAAAUUCCUAGGUACUAGCCUAUGUAAUAAACUUCAACAUGUUUAAGGCUUCCUCUAUUGUAAAGAUCGAAAAAAACGUACGUUUCUAUGUAUGACUUCAGAUCCUCAGCAGUCAUCGAUCACUGUCUUUCUUACAGUCUUUCGGAAUUAAU